CCGUCGACCACCGACGCGGAUGGAUGUGCUUGGUGGAGCGUUGCGUGCCGCGAUCACGUGACCACGUCGCCGCGAGUGUACAUACGCGCGAAUCAUAUUACGUAUUGUCGCUCCGCUAUUCGCGCAUUGUACGCGGAGAUAAAAAAUGUGAAUGCCGUCGACGUUGAAAAUGGUGCUACGCAUUGUGGUGCUCAUCCUUUCGGCGGUGCCGGCCCGAGGAUGGGGCAUCAACCACGCGCAGCCUGGGACCGGUGCCAAGUGCGAGCGGCUGAACGUAUCCUUCUGCCGGGGAUUGCGUUACAACAUGACAGCGAUGCCGAACUUCAUGGGCCACGAGGACCAAAAGCAAGCGGAGCGCGGGCUGGCGGCCUUCAUGCCACUGGUCCACUACAAUUGUUCGAGACACCUCAGGCUCUUCUUAUGCGCCGUCUUCGCCCCGGUCUGCUCGGAACAUGUGGCUAUACCGGCCUGCAAGUCCCUCUGCCUUUCCGUAAGAAGAGACUGCGAGCCGGCCUUAACCAGCCUCACGCUGCCGUGGCCGCACAUGUUGGAUUGCGAUCGCUUCCCUGAUCGCGGAACCGCAUUGUGCGUGCAGCCGCCGGGCGAAACGUUGGACGACACUAGUUCACCGAUACUGCCAACCGUUCAGCAGCAGUGGCCGGUGAUGCACGAACGACCGCCGCAGAUCUCCACGCGGAUGCAACAGCAACAGCAGCAUCAUCAGUGUCCACCGCAUUUCGUGCAAAUACCCGAUAUGGAAAUGGUUUCUUGCGCACCGCGUUGCGGCACCGACGCGUAUUAUCGCGCGGAAGACAAAAAGUUCGCCGAGCGUUGGAUGACCGGCUGGGCGUGGCUGUGCUUCCUCUCGACACUCUUCACCCUGUUGACCUUCUGGGUCGAGCCGUCCAGAUUUCGUUAUCCCGAGAGGCCGAUAGUCUUCCUGGCGCUCUGCUACAAUCUUCUCUCCAUGGCUUACAUCGUACGUGGUGCGGUUGGCGCUGAGAAUCUCAGCUGCGUCAGUCAGAUCGACGGGCCGAGUUACGUUCCAGUCCGCGAUGCGUUGAAGAGCGUGCCCUGUACCAUUUGGUGGCUGAUCAGACACUAUCUGGGACUGGCCAGCAACAUGUGGUGGGCGGUGCUGUGCGGUUGCUGGCUGCUGAGCGCCAGGAACGAGUGGAGCAGCGAAGCUCUUCACAACAUCGCGCCCUAUCUUCAUGCGGCCGCGUGGAUUCUUCCAGUAUUUUUCACAGGAGGAAGUCUGGUGUCGCGCAACGUGGUGGCGGACGAGCUGACCGGACUGUGCCAGAUCUCCGACGAGUCGGCGCUGUGGCUGGAGGUGCUGCCGCACGCUGUGCUGCUGCUGCUGGGCUGCGCGUUCGGUAGCGUCGCCGGAAGCGCGCUGGUCCGCGUGCGGAGGGCCGUGCGCUGCGCCGGACGCAGCGCGACGAAGCUGGAGCGCCUGAUGACGCGGCUAGGUAUCUUCGCGCUGUUAUACGCGCUGCCGGCGCUGGGCGGCCUGGUCUGCGUGCUGCACGAGGCCUCGGUGAGGCCGCGAUGGCGCAAACUGGCGCUACUGGCCGCCCUGGACUGCCGCGCGGCCCAGAACUGCGCGCCCGGCCCGGUAUACAGUGCCGCCGGCCUCGAGGUCGCCCUGCUCAGGCUCUUCUUGUCCCUCGUGGUUGGCGUCACCUCCGGCAUGUGGGUAUGGUCCGGCAAGACCUGCCGCGCCUGGAGCAGACUGCUCGCCGCGCCCAGCAAACCCGCCAGGAUACAAGGUCCUUUUCAGGGCUUCAAGCAGGACGACAACAUCGCCUGAAGUCUUGGAUUUGUUUUAACGAUGCGUUACUUAGAUGUCGAGGUUUCAUCUUGCGAAUAUGCUUUAAGUAUUUUAGACGUUUCCACGAUAUUGAGAUAUUUUGCGAAAGAGAUUAAUUUGAACGGUAGUGCAUAUUAUUGUGAUUUUUAUUUAUCUAUCAGAUCAUAUUAAUGACCGCGUGAAACAGUGUGUGAAACAUGUUACGAGCGAUUGCGCUUUGUACAUAUACGUUGUAUAUAUUGUAAAAAUAAUGUAUGUCUGCGCCUAGUGUGUAUUUUAACUCUCGAUUAUUUGGACUUGCGAUAUCGUUAAACUCGAUUUCUAAUAGAGUGGAAGCGUAUCUCGAUUGAUACGACUUCAAUAAACAUGAGUCAUUAUUUUUACGUACGCUAUUCUUAUUUUCUAUUUCAGCAUUGUCUCGUAAAACUAAUCUAAUUUCUAACAAUUUAUCAUUAUUUUUAUUCCAAUACUUUACAUUUGUCUGAAUUAGAUCAAAAUAAAAAGAAUAUAAUAAUAAUUUUAUUUGAACCAAUACGAAUUGAUUCUUACGUACUAGAAUUCGCAAUAUUUGUACCAUAAUAGAACAUUGUAAAUUGUAAAAUACUGGACAUGUAUACAUAUAAUUCGACAAAAGUAUCUGAAAGUAGAAUUCCCAAAAAAUCGAAUAAAACCAAAUAAAAUUGAAGGUACAUAUAAUAAAGAAUUUUAUUAGGAGUUGAUAAAAUAUAAAUCUCCAGUAGAAAAUAAUGUAGCUUUUUGAAUGUUUAUUUUUACACUUAAAAUUUUACAUAAAAUUUAUAUUAAUUUAAUAAGCAAUAAUAUAGAUUAAGUAAUUAUAUUCGUUAAUUAAGCCCAUCAUUCCUCAUUUGGGAUUUAUUUGAGACAUCAGCAAGGGAUCAGUCCGGCUCCUUGCAAGUACUUCAGGAAUCAGAAUUCAGACGGGCAGGUGAUUAGCCUCUGCAUCCUAGUCUGGUGUCAGGGCUGCUGACUUGAUGACGACCAGACUCGCCAGUAGUAGGUGUGUGGCAGAAUACUCUCGGUGGUUACCAUUUCCUUUCGAGAGGUAACGUUCGAAAAAAUCAGCGGUGUUCAUGGAUUUCAACUCGGAUUUGUUUGCUAAAUAGCGCACAUUUCUCUGCGCCAUGCUCGCCAUAAGUAAAUAGAUUACUUAUUUAUUAAUAUAAUUAAGUUAUACAAUUACUUAUCUAAUAUUUUUUAAAGCAACUCCGAAA